AUGAAGUAUGAGUACAUGGAUGAAAUGGAUGGCAUGGAUGACUUAGAUGAAGAGGGGCUUCGGCAAGCGGUUGAAGCCGAUGAUUUCCAGGCAAGCCAGGGCAGAGCCGCCGUCCAUUCCGCUCCUGCCAGUGCUGGAGAAUACUACGGUCACGUGGAGACGCCUCAAGCUCUGGUCCAUCAUCAUUAUCCUGGCAGUAGCGACGGGGGCGCCUGGCGUUGGCACAGGCGCAGUUCUCAGCGCCUGGUCGCUACUGACCUAGACCCAGACCCAGACCCAGCGAUAAUACCUUUUACGCAAUUCGCGUCGCCUCUGGCAGUUCGUGCUCACAUCCACCCUCACUCUUAUUCUCACCCGCACUCUCAGCCGCUCACUCAUUCUCCUAAUACACAACAUCCUUAUCCCUACCAACAGCGACAUUUAACUUCUCCACAUCAAUUGCACUCUCAAUCGCACCUCUCCCACCAUUCCGCCUCAGCCGAUGGCACGUUCGGCACAAUGGAGCAGAUAGAGACACAGGCAAGCGACCUGCGAUUUCUUGCCCAAGUGCCCGUCUUGAAUCCAGCCUCAAGUCCGUCUCUCGGCCCCGGCUCCGGCGCUGGGCGAGGCGGAACACCCGGCCGUACCCCCGGAACCGCCAUAGGAGCGUCUGCGGGUGCUUCUAUUGCUUACGAGAAUCAACCCAGCCCAAGUUCCGCCUCUGUCGGCGACAAUUCCGCUCACGGUGCGAGUGCCAACAAGAGGAAAUCAACGGACGACGGACCAGGCAGCGCAGGAAAGCAAACAAGAAGCAAAAGGAAUAGAGUAAGUCCUGACCAUUUCGUUACGUCUACCACCAGCAAUGAGUGUAAGAGGCGCAAGAUAAAAUGCAACGGCGAAACUCCAUGUCAACGAUGUGGGAACCUUAAUCUGGCUUGCCUCUAUGCGCCCAACUGCUGUUCUGGAAACUUCAAAGAAUCGGACGAGUUUAAGCAAGUUACAUCUCAACUUGGUCGCCUCCAAGAUGAAGUCGGCUGGUUGCAUCAAACCGUCAAGGCUUUGCAGUCUGAAGCUCCUCGCUUCCCUUCACUUGGUGACCGAACACACACCCACAGCCACGGCACUCCGGCGAUUGCCCCCUCGCCUUCUCACAGCUCUGCGUCACUCAACCGUCAUGACAAUUCAAAGUAUGGCUCCUUCAGGGGCCCAACAAGCAUGGCUUUUAGCCUGGAUGUUGCCAACAACACCAUCAACAACAUGGGUUACAAGGGCAUAUCCGACGACGAAAACCCACACUUGAAUGAAGGAAUAGGCAUGCUAUCGUCACGUCCAGGAGAUCCUCUUCACGAAUUCGACAAAGACGAGAUGAUUCGCCUUUGCCGUCUGCAUGAGGAAGAAAUUGGCAUUAUGUAUCCGGUGCUCAACAUCCAAAGUGUUAUAUCCCAUGCGAUGGGCUUGGCAACUUUCCUCGAAUCCAUACGACAACAGAACCCCAGAGAACUGAUAAACGACGACAAAACUCUUCAACUCAAGAUCAUCAUGUGCUGUGCGUUAGUUGUGGAAGAACAUGGACAUAGUGACAAGGCGAUCCGUUUGUUCGAGAGUAUGGAAACAGUGCUUAACCGAAAGCUUAUGGCCGAGGCAGCGGAUGUUGCAACACUACCCAUACUGGCCCUUGUCGCCGGUUAUCGAUUCCUCUCGAACGAUGAAGUUCUAGCAUGGCGAGUCAUGGGUCAUGUCGCAAGGCUAUGUUUGGAGCUUGGUAUUCACCAGCGAACAGGUCUGAUGAGAAUCCAGGACGAGGAAGAGCGCAAGAAUGCUCUUGUCAGCUUUUGGUCGGCAUAUGUCCUUGAUCGGCGAUGGGCCUUUGCAACUGGACUGCCUUUCGUAGUUCAAGAUGAGGAGAUUGAUAUGCAACUCCCUUUCCCGGAUGAGUACCCAUAUCUUGUUGCCAUGAUUACCUAUUCUCGGAUAGGUGCGAAAGUGUGGCGACAGGUAGCUCACUUUGGACCAGUGCUUGCACGCGAUUUGCGGUCAGAGGAGUUGGAGAAUGUCGACCAAGAAUUGCUACAGUGGUAUGAGCAAAUUCCCGAAGAAGUCAAGGUUCGCAAUUGGGAUAAAGAGAAGCAUAUAACGUCGACCCCUUCUUACAAUCUCCAACGGCUACGAAUAUGGACAUAUCUACGACUAAAUCAAAUGCGAAUAUGGCUUUACACGCCCGUGCUGCAUAGUGCUACGAGCAUCAUGGCUCAUCCUGCACAAUCAGAACGUGUUGUUGAUAUUGCAAAGGAUACUAUCCGAUAUCUCAGCCACUUGAAUAACACAACCAACUUAUACAGAAGAGUGCAGGUGUUUUACCACCAAUUUCUUACAUCUGCAAUCGCUGUUGUCUUCCUCGCCUCAGUCCACGCCCCUGUUCGAUUCAGCUCUACUUGCCGCGAAGAGUUCUAUAUGGCUCUUGAGCUGGUCAAAGACCUAUCUGCCAAGAGCUGGGCGUCGCAGCGACUGUGGCGAACAAUUCGAUCACUCAAAAACGUAGCGCCGCGCUUCGGGUUGAAUUCCGAGGAUGAUCCCCAAUCGACAGCAGCUUUAGGAAUGAUAGGACUUGCACGAGGUAAUAUGGAUCAACAAACGCCAUUCCGCAAGCCCUCAGUACCGGGUCAACAAUCACAAACAGCGACACCGGACUCUAUAGCUCAAAAUGGAUCCAGGAUUCAAGCGGAAAUGUCACGCAUGUUCGAGGGCUAUGUAGGAUUGAAUGGCUUCCAAUACAAUGAGCACGACGGACAGCAAGGGCAGCAAGGACAACAGGGACAACAAGGACAAGGGUCAAAUACUGAGGUAUCUGAAUCUUCUAGCAAUAUGUUUGGGGUCGACGGGACUGUCUUCGCUCAGUUCAAGGAGAUGUAUUAA